AUGGCCGAGGUGAUCAGGGACGAGGAGGUGCGCAGACGCGUGCGACUUGCGCAAGAGUUUCUCGACCCAGACGAUGUCUCUAGGCGAAGCUACCGACCAGACAUACUGGUGAUGCUCAAUCGAGGGUUGCGGAGACUCACAGUCAGCAUAGACGAGAUCCGCUCACACAACCGGGAGCUUGCCGAUGGCCUCCUCAACUCUCCCUUCGAAUUCACAGAAGCCUUCGACCGGGCGCUCAAAGACGUCGUACGCACCUUCACCGACCGACCAAAGUCCGAGACAAGUGACGAUGUGGUAUACUAUUGCGCAUACAUUGGCAGCUUCGGCGAGUACUCAUGUAACCCGCGUACGUUGGGCUCAAACCAGCUGAACCACAUGGUGUCGCUUGAAGGAAUCGUCACCAAGACCUCGCUCGUGCGACCCAAGGUCGUCAAGAGCGUGCACUACAACGAGAACAAGCAAAAGUUCCAUUCGCGCGAGUACAGGGACCAGACCAUGACUACGGGUGCUGCGAGCACCAGCGUCUACCCGACGGACGACGGUGAAGGGAACCCACUCGUCACAGAGUACGGCUACUGUAUCUACCGCGACCACCAGACCAUCUCUAUUCAGGAGAUGCCUGAGCGUGCCCCUGCUGGACAGCUACCGCGCUCCGUCGAUGUCAUCUUGGACGACGAUCUGGUCGAUCGCGUCAAGCCCGGCGACCGCAUUCAGCUCGUAGGAAUCUACCGCUCACUCGGUAACCGCAAUGCUGGCGCCGGCAGCUCGACCUUCCGUACAUUGAUCCUAGCCAACAACGUUAUUCUCCUCUCUUCCAAAUCCGGCGGUGGUAUCGCCCAGGUUUCAAUUACCGACACCGACAUCCGCAACAUCAACAAGAUCUCAAAGAACAGGCGCGUCUUCGAGCUGUUGUCUCAGUCGCUCGCCCCGUCUAUCUACGGACACGACUAUAUCAAGAAGGCGAUUCUGCUGCUUCUCCUCGGAGGUCAGGAGAAGAACCUCGAGAACGGCACCCAUCUCAGAGGAGACAUUAACAUCCUCAUGGUCGGUGAUCCCUCGACUGCCAAAUCGCAGCUUUUGCGUUUCGUGCUGAACACCGCUCCACUUGCGAUCGCAACAACAGGUCGUGGUUCAUCUGGCGUUGGUCUGACUGCGGCUGUCACGUCAGACAAGGAGACAGGCGAGCGUCGUCUUGAGGCUGGUGCUAUGGUUCUUGCUGAUCGUGGCGUUGUCUGUAUUGAUGAGUUUGACAAGAUGUCUGAUGUGGACCGUGUGGCUAUUCACGAGGUCAUGGAACAACAAACCGUCACCAUCGCCAAAGCUGGUAUCCACACCUCGCUCAACGCUCGUUGCAGUGUCAUCGCAGCUGCCAACCCCAUCUUCGGUCAGUACGAUAUCCACAAAGACCCACAUCGCAACAUUGCUCUUCCAGACUCUCUUCUAUCGCGUUUCGAUUUGCUUUUCGUUGUCACAGACGACAUCGAGGAUGCCCGCGACAGGCAGAUUUCCGAGCACGUCCUCCGCAUGCACCGAUACCGCCAGCCUGGCACUGAGGAGGGCGCGCCAGUCCGCGAGGAAGGCGCUCAGCUCUUGGGUGUUGGCCUAGAUACUGACGCUGAUGCCAACCGGCCAACGGAAGUUUACGAGAAGUUCAAUCCCAUGUUGCACUCCGGUGUCACAAUCACAGUCGGACGUGGCGCAAACAGAAGGACUGAGGUUCUCAGCAUACCCUUUAUCAAGAAGUACAUCCAAUACGCUAAACGCGAGAAGCCUAUCCUCACCAAGGGCGCCGCAGAUCACAUUGUAGCAACUUAUUCUGCACUGCGGAACGACGAGCUAGAUGCUGGUACCCGUCGUACUUCCCCCAUCACCGCGCGUACUCUCGAAACACUCAUCCGUCUCUCCACCGCACACGCGAAAGCUCGUCUAUCAAAGCGUGUAGAGCAGAAGGAUGCAGAAAUCGCGGAGCAAAUUCUCCGUUUCGCGUUAUUCAAAGAAGUUGUUGAGGACGACCGCCGCAAGCGAAGACGGACAGUCCGUGACCCAGACGCCAUGUCCACAGACGGAGAGUCAUCUGGUGAUGAUGACGAAGACGGUGACGAGCAGGAAGCCACACAAUCUCGCCGCACCGGCGCACCAUCAACUCGCAGCACACGUACAGGCACCAUACGCACCCCUACAGCCGAAGAAGACGGCGGAGAAGACGAUGAGAACGAGGAUCUCUACAAUGUUACCCCGAAGACCCAACGCACAGCAAACCGUACACAAUCUUCCCGCGCUGGCGCAUCAUCACAAGUCAGCGCCGCCUCUUCACACCCCGAGUCCCAACUACCCGCGACACAAACCGAAUCGCAGGAAUCGCAGGGCAUUACGCCGGCACGUUUGCAGGUGUUCCAAACAGCGCUUGGUCAGCUCAUCGAUGGUCCACUGUUUGCGAACGAUGCUGCAGAUGUGGAGCCGCUCGUCGCUGCUGUAAACGCACGACUCGGUGGCGGUAGUGGACGCGAAGCCUUUGAGGAAGACGAAGCUGAGAAAGCACUUGAAGCGCUUAGCGAGAGAAAUAAGAUCAUGUACUCUGGAGGUAUCGUGUACAAGAUCUAG